CAGUAAGUACCUUGCCUACAAUAUUGUGUCAUUGUCUCAUCAAUCAAUCCUGAGAACUGCUCAUUUCUCGUGAAGCUUUCUCUGUACAUAACAUCUCGCGGCUUUCACUCUCUCUCUCUCUCUCUAGCCUCUCUUUCUCUCUCUACUCUGAGUGACGAAAAACACCUGACCCGUGAAACCCGUUUCCUAAAAACAUUGUACAAUUCUUCUUUCAUCACCUCCAUUUAUUUUUUUCCAACUCCUUCCCUUUUUUUAAGCUUUUGCUUCCUUUUUUUUUAUACCAAGAUUGCUGCUUUUUUCUAGUCUUGUUAUUCAGUUCUUGUGGGCGUUUCUUUUGAUAUCUGAGUUUGAUCAAAAGAUUUCUUGAAAAUUGCAUCCCAGUCCUCGCUGCAUUUCUUCUUUUUUAUCUGAGCUGAUUCUAUGCUCGCUUUGUGUUUGUAUUAUUGAUCAAGAAUUUCUUGAGAAAAAGUGCAUUUUUACUCCUCAAGUUAGCUGAAAAAAGGCGCUGCCUUUUCAGAGUUUUCGUCAUUUUUCCUGGUUUUUUAGCUACCCAUUUCUAAUUUCCAGAAUCUUAUUUUAUUUUUUUACCCAAAUUGAAGGCAAUCCAAAAAAAUGCCAUUUUUGAGUUUCUUGAGUAUUUUCCUUUUUGGGCUGCUCUCGAGUUCUCAACUUGUGAUUACUCAGGAACUGAGUGAUCAAGAAACACUAAUUGCAAUUAGGGAAGAGUUUAAAAUAUCUGCGUGGAGUGUGAACACCUCAGAUCAUUGCACUUGGCCUGGAGUUUCUUGCAGCAGCAAUAGCUCCAACAAUUCAAUGGUGGAGAGUCUUGAUCUUUCUAACCAUGCCCUACAAGGUAACAACAUCACUCUCAUAUCUCAGCUCAAAUCACUUAAGUUUCUUGAUCUUUCAUUCAACAACUUCAAUGGCAUCAUCCCUCCUGCUUUCGGAAGCUUAAUCGAGCUUGAGUUUCUUGAUUUAUCGUUUAACAACUUCGGUGGCUCGAUUCCUGUCGAGCUUUCAAAGCUCGAAAAUCUCCGAGCAUUGAAUCUUUCCAAUAACUUUCUCAUGGGUGUGAUUCCCGAUGAGCUUGAUCAGGGGUUCAAGAAUUUGCAGGAUUUGCAGCUAUUUACUAAUAGAUUGAAUGGCUCAAUCCCUCUUUGGGUGGGGAAUUUAACCAAUCUGAGAGUUUUCACUGCCUACGAAAACGAUUUAACCGGUUUUAUUCCCGAUAAGCUAGGUUCAUUAACCGAACUUAAGUUGUUGAACCUUCAUUCAAAUCAAUUGGAGGGUUCCAUUCCCGAGAGCAUUUUUGCUAUGGAGAAACUCGAAAGUUUGGUUCUGACUCAGAAUAGAUUGACGGGGUAUAUUCCUCGAUCGAUCGGGAAAUGCAAGUCCCUUUCGAGUAUAAGGAUUGGCAAUAAUAAUUUGAUUGGAGGUAUUCCUAAAGAAAUUGGUAAUAUUAGUAGCCUCACUUACUUCGAAGCGAACAACAACAAUCUUUCGGGGGAGAUUGUGAUGGAGUUUUCGAAAUGUCCUAAUCUCACUCUCCUUAACUUAGCUUCAAAUGGGUUUUCGGGAACUGUGCCUUUCGAGUUUGGCUUGCUCAGUAAUCUGCAGGAGCUGAUUGUUUCAGGGAAUAUUCUUUUUGGAGAGAUACCCACAUCGAUUCUCAAGGGAAAGAAUCUUAGCAAGCUCGAUUUAAGUAAUAAUAGAUUCAACGGCACUAUUCCUCAGAGUAUAUGCAAUACUUCAAGAUUGCAGUUCUUGCUGUUGAGCCAUAAUGCAAUAAGAGGGCAGAUACCGCACGAGAUUGGGAACUGCACGAAACUGCUGGAAUUGCAACUCGAUGGAAACUAUCUAACCGGGAAUAUUCCUCCUGAAAUUGGUCAUAUCAAGAACUUGCAGAUUGCUCUGAAUUUGAGCUCCAAUAAUCUCCACGGACUAUUGCCCGACGAGCUAGGGAAAUUGGACAAGCUUGUCUCUUUAGACGUGUCGAAUAAUCAGCUAAGCGGGAAUAUUCCAGUUGCACUAAAAGGGAUGCUUAGUUUGAUCGAGGUUGAUUUCUCGAAUAAUCGUUUCAACGGGCCAAUACCCUCUUUUAUCCCGUUUCAGAAAAGCCCGAACUCGAGCUUUCUUAGAAACAAGGGUCUCUGCGGUGAGCCAUUGAGCGUUUCUUGCGGUGUAUUUAGUAAUUCCGGUGGGAAUUCUUACCACCACAAGGUUUCUUACAGGGUUGUACUCGCUGUCAUCGGUUCGGGAUUGGCUGUAUUCGCGUCUGUGACAGUUGUCGUUUUGCUGUUUAUGAUGAGGGAAAGGCAAGAAAAAGCAGCUGCAAAAGAUGCUGGUGACAAAGAAGACAUCAGUGACAGCCCGGUCAUAUUAGCGGGAAACGUGUUUGUCGAAAACCUCAGCCAAGCUGUAGACUUCGAAGCUGUGGCUAAAGCAACCAUGAAAGAAUCGAAUAAGCUAAGUGUCGGAACAUUUAGUAUUAUAUACAAAGCAGAUAUGCCUUCGGGUAUGGUUUUGUCUGUUCGAAAAUUGAGAUCAAUGGAUAAAACUGUACUCAAUCACAGGAGCAAGAUGAUUCGAGAAGUCGAAAAGCUGAGUAAGCUCUGUCACGAGAACUUGAUGAGGCCAAUAGGAUUCGUUUUGUUCGAAGACAUUGUGUUGUUAUUACAUCAUUAUUUUCCCAACGGGACUUUGUCUCGAUUCCUUCACGAUGAUUCUACGAAGAAGCAAGAUCAAUGGCCUUCGAGACUUGCGAUUGCAGUUGGAGUGGCUGAAGGUUUAGCUUUCCUCCAUAGUGUGGCGAUUAUCCACCUCGAUAUUUCAUCAGGAAAUGUAGUUUUGGAUUCCGAUUUUAAGCCUUUAGUCGGAGAAGUUGAGAUUUCGAAGCUUCUUGAUCCGUCUAGAGGUACAGCUAGCAUCAGUGCUGUUGCUGGCUCAUUUGGUUAUAUCCCUCCAGAAUAUGCAUACACGAUGCAAGUUACAGCACCGGGUAAUGUAUACAGCUAUGGGGUGGUUUUGUUGGAGAUCUUGACUAGUCAACUACCGGUAGAUGAGGCUUUUGGAGAGGGGAUUGAUCUGGUGAAAUGGGUGCACACUGCACCGAUGAGGGGAGAAACACCGGAGCAGAUUCUUGAUGCAAGGCUAAGUACUGUUUCUUUUGCUUGGAGAAAAGAAAUGCUUGCUGCACUCAAGAUAGCAUUACUGUGCACUGAUAGCACACCGGCCAAACGGCCCAAAAUGAAAACCGUGGUAGAGAUGCUUCGAGAAAUUACUCAAACUUAGUCGAAAGGGAUUUUGCUAGAGUUCAUUCUCAGCUAUAGACAAUAGGGAUUGUUCGCAAUUUAUUGGACAUGUUGUCUAUCCUUCCCUUCUCUGUAUAUCAAGAAACUUGUGGUAUAUUCAAGAUGUAAUCUUUGUAGAUAGAUGGAGAAAAAAGUAUUUGGUGAAAGAUUCGAGGCAGUUCGAGUGUGCUGGAGAAUCGAGCAUUACUUUUUUUUUAUUUUUUCGGGUAAAAUCAACAUUUGCAUGAGGAAUUGUAACUGGAUGGAAAAUGCUUCUCUUGGGAGUUGUAUAAUUUUAAAAAGCUCUCUGUUUCAUUCA